UCCUUCUCCUCCAAUGGAUGGAGACGUUACUUAGGGGGUGGAGGAGGUGGGACCCCUCUGUCCAAUCGUGCUGGAGUUGGCUAGUUUUGAGAGACUCGUCAUUCUGCCUCUGCCUCUUCCUUUCCCGGGCGGGUUGUCUCCAAAGAUGUCAGCUGCGGCGGGGCCCGGGCUGGAGGAGCUGGUUUUGUUAGAGGUGCUCCUGGGCCUGAAGAAAGGGAACAAGUACGGUGUCCGGGAGGAGCGGAAGAUUCCAGUUCUUCAAACAAACAAUGGUCCCAGUCUAACAGGAUUGACUACUAUAGCCACCCAUCUAGUCAAACAAGCUAAGAAAGAACAGCUACUUGGAAGUACUGCAGAAGAGAAAGCAAUAGUUCAGCAGUGGUUAGAAUACAGAGUAACUCAAAUAGCUGGACAUUCUAAUAAAGAAGAUAUAAGAAUAAUUCUGAAGGAUCUUAACUUAUACCUUGAAGACAAAGUCUACCUUGCCAGAAACAAUUUUACCUUAGCAGAUAUUUUAAUGUAUUAUGGGCUACAUCACAUCAUACAAGUUGGAGUUGAUGUAUCUUCUGUGUGGCUUCCAGCUCCAAACUAAACUUGGAACAAUCAGUCUUCAGAUGCUGUGAGGGCAUAUCUUCAGAUACAGUAAUAUCCCGCCGGAACAUUCCUCUAGCACAACACUCACAUUUGCUCUGACCAGCAUGGAUUGAUUUAAAUCAUCAACUUUAAUCAUGUUUUGCUUUUAUAUUUUUUAGUUAUCUUCUUGAAAGAGGUUGAUUUUUUUUUUAUUGGUUGGUAAACAUUAAAACAUGUUGAUUUGCAAUUAAAGUAUAGCCUUCAUACUAAAAUUCUUUUUGUUUGCUAACCAGGAGGAUACACUAGCUCAAUAAAAACUUGUUAGCAGUUAUAUAGCUUAAUCUACAUUUAUUCACAUACUUAAUUUUCAAUUUUGUGUUAUGUUAGAAAACGGUGAAUGAAACAUUCUUUAUUUACGAUAUGACUAAUUUGUUACUUUUGAUUUGUGUAAAGUGCUUUUUGGAUGGAAAUUCAAUUGAAAGUGCACAAAAACAAUUUAAUUUUUGUGUUAAAUAAACUACCGUAAAUUUGCUGGACACAAGUUGAAAAAAGUUUAUCACAAUAUGUUGUGGAUUUAAAACUCAUUAAACAAAGGAAGCAUUAUGUGUAGUUAGUGAAUUGAAAUGAUUAUUCUGGUCACUAUAUAUUUAAAGAUUUUUAGAAUGAAUAGAUGUCAUUCUCGCACACCUAAUUUUUAUUCAUAGAUUGGAAGAAGAAAACAAGCUUCUAUCUGCACCCGCAUAUGUAGUCUGAUAAUGCAGGUUCAACUGAAGAUCAUCUUUGGUCCCUUCAUAGUAGAUUGCUGUCUACCUUUCUGGGCUUAAUCAAUUUUUGAGUCCCUCACUACUAGGUCAGUUAAUAUGGAAGGAUGUGGAGAGGGAACAGAGCAAUUUGUAAAGCAUUUUGGAAAUUAAGCUGGCAAUGGAGGAUCUAGAAAGGGUAAUUAAAAAUAAAAAAACCCAACAUAGUAGUGAGAUCCUAAUCCUACUGAAAGGAGAAUAGACCGGGAAGAACCAGCAGUACAAUCAGAAUUCCAGUGCGUCUCCCAAGCCUUUGACUUCAAAGUAAUUGGAUUUCAUUGAGAAUCUUGGGCCAAUUUCUUGACUGCAACCAAGAAUUUUGCAAUGUAAACCAAUGCAAAAGUGGAGUAAAGCUCACCUCUCUAGUCCUCCUGGAUUGGCUGUGUGUCUACUCUAGUCUUCAGACAUACACUGAGGCAGCUUUUAAAGCUGUUCAUUAAGAUGGUUACUGAUGGGCUGAUCGUAAACAAAUCCUGUUCACAACUACUACUCGAGCAUCAAGAAGGGAGGAUGUAAAGUCGGCAUAAUGGCUUUUACCCGCUGGAAGCUCCUUCUAGUUUCAUCUUCCCAGGGCCAGUUAAUUUACUUUCAAAACUAGAUUCUUCUAAUAACCCUAAGGUCUUUACUUGAAAACUCUUUAAAAAUGUGGAACAUAUAUGGUGACCUGGCUAGGCAAGGCUAUCCUAAUUGUAAGGAGUGGCAGAGGCACAAACCAAGAUAAAAGGGAUAAUUUUAAAUCUUUAGAACUUAUAAGGGAAACCCCAAAAAUUAUACCAGGAGCAAAAAUAAUAUAGAACAUUACCAAUGACUUGCUACUUUAUAAUAAUAAACUAUAGGUUACCAACUCAUUAACCUUUGCGAGUUUGUAUACAUUGUGCAGUUAGUACUAAAUGCAUUGUUGUGAACAAGAGAGCAAUAUACUGUGUCACUUCAGAGAAGAAUAAUCUUCUCCUUUCCUUGGUGGUAAGCCCAGCUCCACUUUUGCAGUCCUGUUCUUUGCUUCUCUUCGACUUGAAGUGUUCCUUAGAUUUGAUGUUCCUGUGGCUGUAUCUGUUUUCACUGAGUUUAUCCACAAGCAGGCCCUAGUGGCCCUCACUUGUCCAUUAGGCACCUUUGAACCGUAUUCCUUCAAUAGAUUUUCAAACAGUCAUUCGCUCUGUUCAUACGCUUUAGAUCAGGGGUUUCAAACUCAGUUUACCUUAGGGCCAAUGCCAGACCUCAAAUCCUCCCAGCGGGCCAAUAAUGUCACUCAUGCUGCCCAGAACCUGCCCCC